AUGUGUUGCUGGCGCUCGAAUCUUUUGUCUCCCAGAAGCGAGCUGAUCUGCUGGUCGUUACUCCAAAUUGGUAUCGGGGUUGGCAGUAUCAAUGUUCUACGCACUGAUUUGGCUUCACCUCCCUCACUCAUCCACUCGCUUGCAAAGCCUCUGUUUAUUAUCCAAUUCUUUUCCCUCAAUACUUUGUCGAGUCUGAAUAUUGAAUGCCCAUUGAGGCAGCGUAGAGAACAGCACAAUGACCACUCUUUCAAAUGGACUGAUACUCGUGCAGUCAAUUCCCAAAGUGACUUUUCGAUCAGCGACCACAUCGAUCAAAAUCGAACAACGGUCAAUGAUGUUGGUUACACAGAUAAUGUCCAACUUACUACCUACAUGCAUCACUGUGGCGGUGCUUCAAGAAAUAUGCAGCAGUUGAAUGAGUGUGCAUCAGGGCUUGACCAGGGCUCAUCAAUCAGGGCAGAAGCCAACAUUCUGAACGACACCACUGGCAGUCACAACUGGGAUGGUGCAGUCACCUCCAUUGGCCAAGUUGAUAACACUAAGUACCUCACCAGAAAUACCACGAUGCAUUGUUCGUGCAAUUGGUACACUCAUAGUGCACUCACAUCUUCUCUAAACCAAGACUUAUCGCAUAACGACGUUCAGGUGGAAAUAUCUGUGAUGGAGGAUUCGGCGGACACAGCUUUGUCUUGGCGCAAAAACCAAGAUUUAGUCAUCAUUCCCAACCGCUAUUUUGAAUAUGCUCCCCGUGCUCCUUCUUACUCUGCACGAGCUUAUCAUCCGUCCAAAGGAAACGAGCCAAACAAUUAUCCGAGCAGCAAGCCAUUGUCUAUAUCCGAAAAUUGCCCUGCUGCCCAAGCCCGUGUCGUGAUUGUUCAAGAUUUUACCUGCUCAUUCAGGCUCGUUACCUUUUUGUAUUUUCUUUACCACGUCUUUGAGAUUUAUGAAAGAGCGCUUCAAAAAUUCUGUGUCUUUGCUGACGAAAAGCUUCCAAAGCUCAAGAACAAAAAGUAUGCUGACUAUAAAUUUGAGUCAGAAGAGUGGAAGAUGCUUGAUUUAAUCCAGGAAGUUCUUGCUGAAACAAUGGUGGCCCUGGACAAGUUUUCACCAGUCAAGGAUGCACUUGAGAAGGGUCUCGAAAAAUUGCACAAAUGGUACAAAUCACUUGAUCAAAGUGAUACAUACUUUAUCUGUCUUGGUGCAUCUUCUUCAUUUUGUAAAAAUGAUGCAGAAUCUUAUGAGAGGGGCUAUGUGUCUCUUCUAAAAGUGUUUGACUCCUACUACAAACAUCCAGAGAAUCCAACAUCAUCCUUCACUGCAGGGGCUUCCAAUGAAGAACCCAAAAGUGAAUUCAAAGGCUAUGGUUCUGAUUGGCUUUUGUCAUCUUUGAAGGAAGCCCCAGAGGCUGCGAAUUCUGCCACUCAUAAUCCAUGA